AUGAAAGAGUCUCAAGAGAGUGGCAUAAGCUAUAGUGGGAGCAAUGACAUACUUUCUCAAGCACUAGGUACUCCUGAGUAUAUUGGUCGGGUUCGAGCUAAAGGGAAGCACUACAUGCCUGGACGAUAUUUCAAUAGUAUGUCAGAACGUGUUGUGAGGGAUAUUUUAAAAGCAACUCAAGAACAUCAAGUUAAGUUUGAGGCUGAUGUGUUAGCGAGACUAUCUCAGAUAGGAGUUGCUACACCACAAUCUGAUGUGAGUAGUUCCAACAUGAAAUCAAAACUGUUGCUUCUACCAGAAGUAGUGGAGAAACCAAUUCGUAAAGUUGAGGAGGACACCUUACCUGUGAAAAUAGAACCACACAUGAAGGCAAGAAAAUGUGAGUUGGCAGUAGGGACCAGAGAAAAUAUAGUGGCUGGUGGAACAAUUGUAAUGGAUUGUGGUCCCAACUACCUAGUUGUUUUGGAUGCUCCCUAUGAGUCAAAUACACCACUUCCUAUUCCCAUUCCUAGACAAGCUACAACAGUUGGAGCGGCAGUGGGCUACCAAGUUUUAUGGCCAACCCAUUUAGUCAAUUUGAGUACUAAAUUCAUUAAGGUGUGUUAUUUUCAUUUGCAAUAGUUUAUAAAGAUAUGUAUAUCAUUUGAAAACAUGGUGCUUUCUUUUAUAGGGAUCUCACAAAG